CCAGCUGCUCAAACAAGGGUCCUCUGGAGCAGAUGAUGUGCACUCAUGGCAGAGACAAGCAGGAGCAUGAGAGCUGUGCCAGAGCUCUACCCACUCCGGGUCUCCUUGGCCUCCCCAGCCAGCGCACUCACCAGCACAGGCCCCACCACACAGCCCUCGGCUGCUGUUUUGCAACAGGAAGAAGAAAUGGCGAUGAUGACUGAGAAGCAGGGAGAUGCUCAGUAUUUCUGGAACAACACCCCUGAGAAAGGCGAUUACGAGGCUGUUGAGGCCCUGAUUUCUAUGAGCUGCAACUGGAAGACUGACCUGAAGAGACAUGCAGACAUGAGACCCAUCACCCCAGCCUCUGACAUGUCAGAGGACAGCGAUGAGACCCUGCUUCCUGGAGUGGCAGACUUCAGCACCAUCCCCGCAUUUUGCUUGACCCCUCCGUACAGCCCAUCCGACCUGGAGUUGUCCCAUACCACCCCCACACCUCGAGGAGAGGCUGAGCCGCACGCGCCCAGAGCCCUGAAGGCCCAAGCGACCAGCGUUAUUCGGCACACGGCCGAUGCUCAGCUCUGCAAUCGCAAAACCUGCCCAGCGAGAACAGCCAGUGUACUGAAAUACCAGGAUGGUGCUGCAUGGGACACUGAUAGCAAACUGGACAGCAACGAAGAGUGCUCGGCUACGGCACUGAGCAGAGUGAGUUAUGAAAGCAGACGAUUGCCAGCUGCAGAAAGAGAAACUGCAGAGCCAGCUGCUGGCCCUGAGCGCUCGACAAAGCCUGUGGUCAGCAGGCAUCCAUCUGUCCCUGGGUCAGCACAGCAGCCAGCACCGGUGGCAGCCCCGUGCUCUGUCCUGGGAAACGCAGCCCCCCCCGUGCCGGUCAUUUGCCAGAUGGUCCCACUGCCCACCAGCAACUCUGUCAUGACUGCUGUGGUGCCUGGUGCUGCAGCCAGCCGGCCACCUGCGCUCUGCCAGCCCAUGGUGCUCAUGGGCACACAGGUCCCCAAGGGCGCCGUCAUGUUCGUUGUGCCCCAGCCAGUUGUGCCGAGCGCGAAGGCUCCGAUCCUCAGCCCAAAUGGCAUGAGGCUCUCUCCUAUUGCCCCCGCUCCUGGCUUCGCACCUUCUGGAGCCAAAGUUGCUCCUCCAGUUGAUUCUUCGAGAAUAAGAAGUCAUGUUUGCAACUACCCGGGGUGUGGGAAAACUUACUUCAAGAGCUCCCAUUUGAAGGCUCACGUCCGAACACACACAGGAGAGAAGCCCUUUAGCUGCAGCUGGAAGGGCUGUGAGAGGAGGUUUGCCCGCUCCGACGAGCUGUCCCGGCACCGCAGGACGCACACGGGGGAGAAGAAGUUUGCGUGCCCCAUGUGCGAGCGGCGGUUCAUGAGGAGCGACCACCUGACGAAGCACGCGCGGCGGCACCUCUCCGCCAAGAAGCUGCCCAACUGGCAGAUGGAAGUGAGCAAGCUGAAUGACAUCGCCGUGCCGCCUCGGUCGGUGGCUGCACAGUGAAGGGACUUGGUCAGGAGGUGGCUGAUUAACUGUUGUCACUGGGGUAUGCCAGGUUAAAAAAGCAAAAAAAAAAAAAAAAAAAAAACAAAAAAUAAAACAAAAAAAAAAAAAAAAGCUUUUGCUGCAGGUCUGUGGUUCUCCAGUGCCAGCUGCUGAUGGCAGCGCUGCAGGGAGGCUGAGGCGGUCUGUGUGCAGUGACACAGCGUGGGGCUGAGAGACUCAGGCUGGCUGGAAUGGAGGGUGUCUUUUGCACUGGUAAGGAGAGAAAGGGAAGGCUCUAGAGCAGAGCAGAACGCGUUGUGCAGGUUUUGAAUUUUGCAGAUUAUUCAUAUAUGCUAUAUACAUAUAUAUAUAUAUCAGUCAAGCGUCAGUGUUGCUGAAGGUUUGCGGCUGAUGCUUGAGACCAGCAGAGAUUUUAACUGUUGGUUGUGAAUCGCCAGUACGGCACAGAUUAGAUAGACAGCAAUGUGCAGGCACAGGCUUGAAAGCCCAGGGUGUAUGUGCCAGAGGUGAUCCAAAUUGGUUUUCCUACUUGUGCUGCCUUUUCUGGGUAGGAGGGCCCAGUAGAUUUCCAGGCCCAGUGGUACAGGUGGGUUGGUGCCAUGCUCUGGGAGCUGUGGGGCCUGUCCUACAAUUGGUGCCAUGUGCCCUGGGGCCACCAGCUUUGUGCUGCUGCCCAGAAAGGGCUUCAGUGGGUGCUGAGAGGCGCCCUGUAGGCAGUAGGAGGCGGGGGGGUGAAAUGUUUGUGGAUCCUCGUUGGCUUUGUAAUAUUUUCCUGGCUUCUUUUGAAAGCUUUGUGAUUAUUACAACUGGUUAUACUGAGGCAUCGUACGGUGCUUCUGCUUUUGUGAUGCUUACAGUUUCCUUCAUACCCUCUCAAAUUCCAUACCACUGCAUUUUUCAUAAGCAGAUACAGUGUACUUUUAAGAAAAACAGUGAAACUGUAAGCUACUUGGGUCGACUGAGAGAGAAAAACAGGAACCUUAGGGUUCUUGACCAUGUUAUUCUUUGAAAGAUGGUUUAUACUAAAAAUGAGAUAUGGAUAUGUUAUGUAUUGUAUUAAAUUAGAAAGUUGUGAUUUGAAAAGUUAAACAAGGCAGUAAAGACACAGCUUAGAAUUAAAGCUGUAUAUUUUGUGACAAAUAAUGUGUCAACUUCACUCUAUUUUAUCACAUUAUGUCGAGGACACCUAUCAGAAAGUGAACCAUUUGAAAAUAGUGUAUUAGAUACGCUCUUUUGUGACUACUUUAAAGAUUUGCACAUUUCUUAUGUUGUACUUUAUACUUUGUUUACAAUAAAAGCAAUUUUCUUUAA